CCCAUCAUCACAGAGUAAAAUCUUGGUUAAAAUGCUUGAGGGAGAUUGCAGACAUAGCCCAGGAAACAUCCCUAGUCAUUGGAUGACUUUUAUAGUUUAAUUCAUUCCAGUGCUGUUUUCGGAUUGUUUACCUCCUUAUACUUGAGAUGAAAUGCGGUAUCUGAUUCUACACUACUACACUGUCAGCUGCGAUGGCUUCAACUGGACGUUACAAACUCGACAACGGAGAAACUUACCUUAAAGAUUGUUUUCCCGUCAGAUCAUUCUUUCAGCAAAGCAAGGAAGGAGCUGGACACUGGCUUGUCGCUCACAGAAAUGCCGUGGAACAGAAGUACCGAAGAUUUAACAAAACCGAAGAAGACUCAGUGGUAUCUGGUUGCACGAAACGUCACGAUUCUGGCAAAACAGACACCGGCAGGAAUAUCUUGGAUGGAUCUUUAUUGAUGGCAUUACAUCGUGUGGACAAACCGUCAGACUUGUGCAAUGUUGACAUUAGUGACCAGAAUCUGCACUCGGUCAAGACAGAGGACUUUGAAGAAUUUGACAAUGUUGUUUACAUCAAUGCUUCUGAAAAUCAUUUAACUCUAGAGCCUUUCAGCAAAUUCUGCACCUUAAAGCAGCUGGAGCUGUCGCUGAAUGGCCUCCACAACCUUAAAGUGAAUGCCAGGGAUUUCCCUCAUCUGGAGAUUCUGGACCUGUCCUACAACAACCUGUCUAGUGAUGAUAUCCAGUCUAUUGGUCUGCUUCCCUGUCUAAAAGUCCUUCAUCUCUCAGGAAAUGAACUGCGGGCACUACCGGACUGCAUGGCUGCUCCACACUAUGACCCUGCUCAGAUGACAUCGGAUCAAGAUGUGCGAUUUCGUAAACUUGAGGUCUUGAUGCUAGAUGACAAUAAAUUAUGUUCCCCAGGAGUCUUCCACAGCCUUGCAAGUCUGAGAAGACUACAGCAUUUAAACCUCGAGGGAAACUACAUCACAGAGGUACCCUACCUGCCACAGAUGGAAGAUUUACUGGACCUGCAACGCUGCAGCAGGCAACAGAGUGAAGACCUGGGACAUGGGAAAGCGCUUGUCUCAGCCUCAGAAAGACUAGUGGCCAAUGAAAAAUCUGUGGAUAGACCUGGUUCGGAACAAAGUCAGCAGGAAGAUGGUGUCCAUCCGAAGACAUAUUCUCCUCUCCAAACACCCCUUCUCCCUGAGGCUAAGAGGGAAUUUACGGGGGAAUUACACUUGCCUCUUCCAGAACUGAAAUUCCUAAAUCUGGCAAACAACAGGAUUGCGGUAGAAGAGGCGCUGUUGGCUGUGGCUCUGUUUCCCUCCCUCAGUGAGCUUGUGAUUCACUCAAACCCACUCGCCACACAGCGAAGCGGGGACCCACCCAUGCUGACCCACUUUCUCCAAGAAAGGUUGGGCAUUGAAAUAAGACGCAAAAAGACAACACAAUUGGUGAAGCCCCGCAUUGUAAUUCCACUUGACCCAAAACGAAAGGUGAACACAAAAAUUCGAAAGGUCCCAAAAUUACCUUUGCAGUUAGAGACUGAUGGAAGCUCUUUUCUUAAUGGCCACGGUUACGUUAUGGAGAGCAAUUCUAAAGAGUUGCCGAAGAAUUUAAUUCCCACAGAGUGUAAAAGUGUGCCUUCAGACUGCUCCUCUCAAAUGAGCACUCAAGUAGCUGAGGAAACACAGACCCCAACACCUGAUGAUGGGCUGAAGGCUGUAGAGGGGAGCACCAAAGACAUACCAGGAGCUCACAGCCAGGACGGAGAUACCUUCUUUAUAACACAGGUGAAUGAUCCGGACAAACCAAAAUGGCAAGUGAAAUCAGCGGAUCUAGAACUUGAAAGUGAAGAACAAAGAGAAGGCUCAGUUCCGAAAAAAUUCAGAGGCUAUGAGAUACUGCUGGACGCUAAAACAGAUCCUUACAUGUUUGAACCUGUUGGAAUCCAGCACACUGUGCGCGCUCUAGAACUUGCUCUCAAGAACCUCCUUGUUUACAGAGAUUCAAAGGCUAUUCUUGAAAGUCCUCAGAAAUCCUACACAGUAAAGGAGAAAAGGGUCACUAAGCUACCAUCAGCAAAACCAAGGAAGCUGAAAGGAGAGAGGGUUGAAGAUGCCCUGACCCAAAUGAGGGACAAAAAAACAAUAAAGCAAGUUCCCUUAGACAAAGUUCUUAAAGGCAAGGAUGUCUACAAGGAGGAAUAUGAAGAGGCUUUGACUUUGCUGAGGGACAUGAAGAAGAAGUAUCAGGUUGUUCACAUGAAAGCAGUGGAGGGAGCAGCCCAGGUGGAGCAUGAGAAACACAUGAACCCCCAUGGCAACAAAGCAAACCUGGAAUGAUGGACGACUAGUUUGGACCUCACGUUUCUUUACCCAAGCACCCACACUUUGGAAAUUCUGUUUUGUAGAGAAGAGCUUAACUGAGAUAUUGGCCUCAAAACAGUGGCUCUCAAAUUUCAAACAAAUACACCAUUUCCUAAAACAAACGCUUUGCAAUACAAUAAAAAUAUUAUGCUUUGAAAUAAAUUUCUACAAGUUUAACUUUAAUUAUAUAAUUUUCUGGAAUCAAACAAAACAUAUUACCUGCAGAUCACUAUGGUGAUUAUAGCUAUUUGGUGAGUUCUGUACAAAUGACCACAGGUUUCUGUUACUAGGUAUACUUGAUUCAAAUAAGCCUAUAGUGUACAUAUUAGAAAAUGUGCAAAAAUAAAAAAAAGUGGAAGACAACAGUUGCAGUCUAAAGCUGUACAAAACCAUUUAGUUUUACCUCUCCCUCAAAGACCGUACAGAAAAAUCCAAAUACAAAACAACUUUAUGGAAAAGCAUUCUUCUGCCUGAACAGUUUAUGAGUUGAUGCUGUUAUUGUACCCAACUGCCUCCUUACAUAUACAUAUAACCUUUGGCCAAACAGUGUAGCAUUAAGUUCAACCCCCCAAAAUGCAAGUUAUCUGAGUUUAUUCUAUGACGAUGUAUUCUGUGCUUUUGGAAUUCAUUUCCUAAGUACACAGGGAAUGGAAUCUGUUGAAUCAUAUACUGAUUAUACAUUUGGGACUUAUCACCUACAGCAGAGAUUGUGCCACAGUGUGAUCCUAUCAAAGAGCUUUGGUUACUGUGAUACACAAUUCAGGGCCUCAGGAACAUAAAUUCAGCAGUAAUUACUGCAGCUGCUGAGAAGUGACAGUGUUAAGAUGACAAUGGUAAUUUGCAGGCCAAGAGGGAGUAAAAACCAGGUAUCACCCAGCCCUUAAGGACUUGAUUUAUACUGCCAUGCUCUGACAAGCACAAGUUCCUUAAAAUCUGUGCAUCAAAAGUACCCUGAAAAGAAAAUUGAUGUCAGCAAUAAUUAGGUUGCAUUUCUAAAUAAAACUUUCUACAAGUUUGCAACCCAGCAACCCAACCAAAAUCUGAAAUGACAAAAGCAAGUACAGAAACACACAGAAAGGCAACCAUUUGGCACCAAUGAAACAGCUUUUCCCUCUAUGGUUAAAUACAUAUUUAAAUCUAUGUAUUGUGUGUAUGUGUACAUAGAAAUGUAUAUAUGCCUUUGCAUACAGCACAUAUACUUUCAGUUAUUUGACAAAAGUGCUGUAUUGAUAGAUAUCUGACAUUCAUAAAGCUUUUUAACAAAUACAUUUAACAAAACUAUUUUACAAACACAAAAAUUCUUAAUAAAUGUGCGACAAAUAUAUUUCUAAAAUGAAAUAUAUAGCCCUUUAUAAUGCUGUUACGCAACCAAAACCUAUUAUCUUCAAUAAUACAAAUAUGAGCAGCAGAAAAAAAUCCAAAAACACUUCCAAAAACUAAUUAUCAAUAGCUUAAAGAUUAUUUCCAAAGGAGAAACAAAAUCUCUCGGAAACGAAACUAUUACAUCUUUCCCAGCUGAUGGCAGAGAACGCGAGAACCGUGAGAGAAACUGAAGUGUUGAGGGCAUAGAAAAGAGCGAAGUGUGGACAGGGUG